AUGAAGUUCGAGCUUCGCGAUACAGACGUGUCUGUCGCGAACGUGCUUCGCCGAGUCAUGAUGGCCGAAGUCCCCACCAUCGCCAUCGAUCUUGUCGAAAUCGCGAACAACACUUCCGUGCUAAACGACGAAUUUAUCGCGCACAGGCUAGGCCUCAUCCCAUUGGUCAGCGACCGUGCGAUGUCAAUGAAGUUCUCUCGCGACUGCGACGCGUGCGACGGCGACGGCCCGUGCGAGUACUGUGCCGUGGAAUUCACGCUCAACGUCAAGUGUACGGGAGAUGAAACGUUGGACGUUACAACUCAUGAUCUGGUGCCGUCAUCGAGUGAUGACAGUGACGACGCUGUCCUUCCUGUCGAUUGCACGAGACGAACUGAAGGGGAGGACGGCGAGGAGAAAGGAAUCGUGAUUCUAAAGCUGCGGAAGGGCCAGGAGAUCCGCCUGCGUGCAAUCGCUCGCAAGGGCCUGGGGAAGGACCACGCCAAGUGGUCGCCGGCGUCGCCAGUGACGUUCAUGUACGAGCCAGAGAUCACCAUCAACCACACGCUCAUGGAUGGCAUGACUCUGGACGAGAAGCGCGAGUGGGUGGACUCGUGUCCCACACAAGUCUUUGGGAUUGACGAGCAUGGACAGGUGUAUGUUGAGAAUGCGGAGCUGUAUGCGUAUGAUGAUGAGGUUAUUGUCAAAGCCGAGGAGAUGGGCCGGCCCGGUCUUGUGGAGAUUCGGCCACGUCAGGACAGUUUCAUUUUCACGGUUGAGUCGAGCGGAGCUUUGUCUGUAGAGAGAAUGUUUUUGGAUGCCAUAGAGGUUCUUCGGCAAAAAAUCGAGGCAGUGAGGCUGUCAGGGGACGGGGAUGAGGGUGAUGAUGAUCAUCUGGCCACGUUCAUGCGCCGUGGGUAG